AUGUAUCUCCGAGGCCUUCUUACACCUCGAAGAUUCCAGAUAGCUGUAAAGCGUUUGAUUUUCGCGCUAACUGUGUGCUCGAUCUCGUUUAUUCUACUCUCCAGUAAAUUUUGGCGAAGACAUAGCGACAAUACUGUUAAGGAAUUCUCCGCGUUUCCAGGGAUGAUCAGUGGCGCUGGCCAACAGGAUCUCUGUUCUUGCGACGAGAAUACUGUUGCAGUACGUGUGUCAAACGCAGCUCUUAAUGUUCACGUUUGGCGAAUGCAAUGCGGUUCAAACGUAACAUAUUUAAAAAAGUCACUGUUCUUUCCAAAAUAUCCUGAUCAGGAGAAGUUCAUCAACGAGUUUCAGAUUGAAGACGACAGCGUGGACUACGGUCAGAAAAUCUUUGGAUAUUUACAUCCACAAAGUAAUGGUUUGUAUCGUUUUGCGAUCGCCUCUGACGACACUUCGGAGUUAUGGAUAAGUACAGACGAAAAUCCCGAAAAUAAACGACUAGUUGCCCGUGUGUUUAGUGAAAAAGAAAUAGCUUGGACUCGUAAGGACGAGUUAGAUAAAUAUCCUGAACAGAAAACCAAAAAGCCACUCUAUCUUCAAGCUAAUACGAAAUACUACGUCGAGGUUUUACACCAACAAGGCAAAGGCAAAGGGUUCGUACGUGUAUUUUGGACUAUAUCUGACAAAGAUGAAGAUUUUAGACUCAUCACUUCAGAAUACCUCUCGCCAUUUUUGCAGAAUACAACGCAUAUAACUAAGAAAAAAGUAGCACUCCACAAUCUGCUUUCGCAGCGAUAUCAGCAAGAGUUUCAAAAACAAUCCGACCGAAUCAGCAGCAAAUUUGUCAAGUUUUAUUCUCUGCCUUUCAUUUCGAAAGCUAAUUUUCUAACUUCCUGCUAUUACAAUAGUAGUUUUGUAGCAAGAACUAAAGUUCAUCGCAAUAAAGGCAUGACAAUGGUGUUUGAAUCCAGUGUUUUCCCACCAGACGAUACGCAGAUGUCAAACGCCCCCAAAGUGAGGUGGGGCAGUCCAAAUCGAGCCGCCGACAGCGAGGUAAUUUGGUCCGUCGUGCAUAGCCUGGUUGCUGCACUUCGUCUCAGUUCCUCACAGUAAGUUAAAUGAAAACUUCGUUAAAUGUUUUAAGAUAUACCGUAUUUCCUCUGAUAAGCGCCCAUGCUCUAACAAGCGCUCUCCCCCGAAUAAGCGCCCACCCUGUAGCCAAAACACAGUAAAUCCGGGUACUACUUGGUGUAAGACUGCCCACCGCCCAACACAUGAGACCGCGGAGUUGGUAUGUCUUCUUCAGUGCUAUAAGUAUUAAAGCCUACCGGUGCGGCUUAAAUUUAUUUAUUUCGGUGGAGACGCUUCAUUUUCAAGGUACUAGCCGUUACUGCUGCAAAAACCAGUCUGCCAACACUGAUGGGGGAGCUCCAGCAUUCGACGCACUAAAAGAGAUAAGAAAAAAGCGUUCAGUCGGACAUUUUAAGCUGACAGCGAAGCUAAAAGGCACAAAGAAAGUGAACAAGAAUGCUUACUCGUUGCCCUUGUAUGUGUGCACUAGGCCCUUUCAUAUGUGGACGUUGUCGCAUGACAGUAAACAGAUGAAGCAAAUUCAACGCACGAUUAUCUCGUACCCAGAUCUCUUGUUGACGAGAGAUCUGGGUAUGAAAUUAACUCGACGACGGUAACGAUGGCGCGUGCAGUUCAAAAUCCUUAUCAAACAGUGGCAGAGCGGCAAAUUGAGCACCAGAAGUCACGUCGACUCCUGUCUGCGACAAUAAUCUCGUAACCCAGAUCUCUUGUUGACAAGCCGAAGGUGCGAACUGGUCAAAUCCGAUUUGUGUACGUGAUCGCCCGUCAGAAAUGCAACAGGCGAUGAAAGAGCACAUGCUUGAAAUAAAUCAUAAAAAAACAGGCCCCAAUUUUUCCAAGCCCCUGCCACUUCAUUCAUUGCAACGGCUGCAUGCCUUUUUCGCAUGCGAUCAUAAUGCUUGUGGUAACACAAGGCAAUAGCAUGUUUUCCUUGACAAGUAUUCUGCGGUGAAGUAACAAUAAUUCUUACAUCGACGCCCGGGGGAGGAAUUCCGCAUAUGAGAGGGGUGGGGAUGCUCUUCGCCUCGCUUAGGGGUGUAAAUUUCGGAUUUUGAUCUGACGUAGGGUGUUCUGGGCAUAACACCAUCAUAUUUCGUUUAGGGUUGCACGUGAAAAAAUAUAAAAAAUUCAUAUUGUCUGUGUUUAACAUGGUCUCUUUUAGGGGUCAAAGAAAGGUUGGGCCACGCCCAGAUCGGUCUCCUUAAGGGGUUUAAUUCAAAAUUUCCGACGAGCAUCCCCACCCCGUUCGUAUGCGGACUCCCCCCCGGGCAUCGACGCUUGAUUGAUGAUCCCUACGUUUACAAAUUCUUCCAGCGUUUUUUUCACCUUUUCUUUAUCUUUCAGGAACUACACUUUGAAGAGAAUUCACAAAGUUCUACAAAAACCAGAUCCGGUUUAUGGGGACCGUUUUUCAGUUGAUCUGGAACUUGGCCUUCCUCACACUGAGAAAUCAUAUCGCUUCUCUGAGCACGUGUAUCAAAAAAAGGGAACGAACAGUUUGUGUCUUCCCAAGGGAAUCGAGUGGAACAGAAACGCCACGGUUUACAUAAUACUCCCUGUCAAAGAUCAGGGAAGAUGGGUCUAUCAUUUCAUCAAUGGUCUCACGGUUGCCAGCUUAUUAACGGGUGAUAAGAACUUCCACGUUAUUGUUGCUGAUUUUGAAAGUCAAGAUAUCGACUUGGCCAAAGCAUUCGACAGUGCCCUUUUGAGGAGCAGGCACACUAUUAUCAACUUGACAGGUAAAUUUUACAAGACCCUGGCACUGAACAAAGCUGUAGAGCAAGUACCAAGUGCGCAUGAUCUGUUGUUCUUGUUUGAUCUUCAUAUCGAUGUGCCCGUUGACAUUCUGGACAGCGUGCGAAAGGUGAGUUGACACGUGUUGUUGUAGAUCGUUUUCACUUGGAGUCACGCCAUAUUGGUGUUGCAAAACAAUGAAACCGCGGCCAUUGCAUGUUGGUGUACCAAGACAAUCCUGUGGACGUUGAACUCUUUUCUCAUGAAAACAUCUUUUAUUCUGUUCCAUUAAAUUACCAAAGAUGUUUGCCUCGUGAGUGAAAACGCUCCAUAACAAGAUACACUACUUCUUUUGCGGAUAACUUGUUAUUUUGUCUCGAAAUACUAAUAUAGCGUUUUGGUCUACUCGUAGCCAAAAAUCUAACUGCCGAGUGUCUGUUGCAUUUUAGAGUACUGAAAAUGUUGUGGUCAUUUCUGUUGAAAAAUGGGUUAUACCAAAUUCCUUCCGACCACACUGUCAGAAUUCUUGUUACGUUUAAGUAACAAGAUCAAGUUUAGUUUCCUUAUUUUCAACAGAACACCAUAGAAGGAAGAAUCGCUUUCUUUCCCGCAGUGGGACGUCUACACUGUCAAAGUACAUGUAUUGAUCAUCAAGGGUUUUGGCAGAUGAACGGUUAUGGUCUUCUUGCUGUAUAUAAAUCGGACUGGAUACGUUUUGGCGGUAAGUUCAAAGAAAAUCGUUAUUUUAAUACCGUCACUGUUGAAUCACGUGACAUACAUGUUAAUAUUUUUUUGGCUCCGAUCCAAAAAUAAGAAAACUGCAGAGAGUCAAAUUUUCAUUUUGAGCUACUAGACGAUGAAGUGUAUUUUUUACAUGACUUUAUGCGUUGGAGACGAGAUCAAACCUCGGUAAAUAACGUUUGUUCGCCGAGGUCUUUGUUCUGGGCCCACAACGGAGUCAACAACUUAGCGAAAAUCCCUUUUUAAUUUCCUUUCAACUUUACUGGCAAAUCUUUGACAUUCCCUUAUGUAACUCAAAACGCACAGGGCAGUACAUCUUUUUUAUGUUCAAAAAGUCUUCCUUUCGUCUGUGAAUAUCCACCCCGUAAUCAAACAAUUCUUAAAAAGCAAUAACAUAGAAAUAAGUUUCUCCAAAUAAAAAGUGUGGAUGUUUUCACAAUUGUCGCGAUGUUAUUAUCGUAACUUCGUACGGCCCAUGAACGAUACAGGUUUAAGCUACCCGGAAAUAGCGAUAGGAAAAGGCUGCUAAAUCCGAAAGUAGCGAGGGUGGUUACUUUCGGAACUUUGCGGUGUGUCUUCUUUAAAAGGCCAAUCAUGGCGGGUACUCAAAUGCUGGUACAUAGCUGGGGUCCCAGAACAAGGAUUUCGGCGCUGUUUCGCAGACGUUACUAACCGUGGAUUUAUUAUGUCUACGACGCAGGCUAUAUGUAGAAAGAUCCAAGGAAUUUCCCUGUUUAAACUUAUCAGUUGUUAUUUAAACUACAGUUAGCCUGCUAGCGAGCUCUCCGGGACGCUCUGACUUGCUUGAAGGCUCGACCAUAGUUAGUCAGUAAGGACAAAGGCUAUUCGUAAAACAUAUUCCAGAGGUUAACGCGCGGAAAGAUUUAACCGGUGACCUUCCAAUUUUUUGCAUGGAAGCCGUCACUUGACGUUGUAUUCGUUUUCAAUACAUUAGAUUUGUUUAAUACGUACAUCCGUCUCGCACGUUUUUUAUGUACACUAAGUCAGUAAUUUUCCUAAUUUACUUAUCGGUAUAACAUGCGAGUAAUUUUAAUACAAUAAAGCAUGUAAAAGUUUGGAUCAAAUAGAACAGUGUGAUUUAUUGUUACGAUUGGCGUCAAACAUUCUGUGUUUGCAUUGGCGCAUCGUGAGAGCGCUGUUAUGCGAUGCAUGUCCUGAAAGUCUAAUAGCGGUUUGUAUUUGAAGGGGGCGGGGGUGGUUUGCAAGAUAAGAGAGUUGUAGCCGUUUGUCUUGUCAUUGUGUACAAUCGUAACUUUUAACUGCUUAAUUUUGAAAGGAAUGAAUGCCGAGGAAUUCAAGUACAAAUGGGGUGGAGAAGACUGGGACCUAGUGGACCGCGUCGUGAAUGCUCAGUUGGAAGUUGAACGGAUUAAGUACCCAGGCCUCUAUCAUCAUUAUCACAGCAACCAGGGAAUGUGGAGUUAAUGUACACAGCAACCGCGCCUGGUUCGGUU